GCCUGAGUGUCCUUUGGGAAGGAAAAUCUCAUAUGGGGGAGCCUUAUGUGUUAUUUCCUCUUGUCUGGACCCUGAUCUAAGUGGGGCUGCAGGAAAGGGAACGAAUGACCCCACACUGAGUGUCACAGCAGGUGACUGCCUGGCGGGUUUGCUGCAGUGCCACGCUGUGCAUGGGAUCAAAACCCAGUUGUCAGCUCGUGGAAAACAGCUGUGAUGGGAAUGCUGGUUCUUCCUCAGAGCAAAACUUGGCUCUUCUGUCAUUACUGAUUGCAGCUUGGGGCUUACAGCACUUUCAGGUUGACAGGAAGGGAACCUGCCAGGUGCUUGAAACAAACAAACAAGCAGAGCAAAACCAGCCAAAUGCUGUGUUUGUGUUCCUAAAAUGGCCAGUCAGAACCUGAUUUCAUCAUUCUGUGGAAGACAGAAACGUGUUGAAUAUCAAAUCUAAAUUAGGAGUUUUCCAGGAAGAAUGUCUGGUGACAUUACAGAUACUGUGUUUUGGUGUUUUAUGGGUGGAAAAUGAGUUCAACCUUCCAUCACACUGAUUCUUCAAUGGUUUCUGUCACCAGCCUUCACCCACCUGACCGUGGUGUGGUUCUCUGUGCUCGUCAGGCACUUCUGCCUGACUGGUAAUGGUGGUUUAGCUGCACAAGUGUCCCUGGUCUGGUUCAGAUCAGAUCUGUAAAUCUGUGCUGUGGCUUCAGCAGAAGGGGUUGGUCGGUCCCCCAUGAAGGUGAGGGGGUGAAGGCUGUUUGAAUACCCAUGAAUGAGCUGUGAUGGAUAACAAAGAUUCAGAAGCUGAGAUCCACCCUCUGAAGACUGAGGAUGCCAAAGCUCAGGAGAACCACGAGAACUCCGUGGAGAGGAGGAUCAUCAGCAAGCAGACGGCGGGGCUGUCCCGGCUGUCCCGCUGGCGCACGGCCGCCUUCUUCGUCUCCCUCUUCCUCUGCCUGGUCAUUGUCUUUGCUUUCUCCUUUAUCAUCCCUUGCCCAGAGAGGCCAGUGUCAGAGAGAACGUGGUUCCAAAGCUACAACAACGCGGUGGCCUACCGGUUCCUUGCUUUGGGAGAUGUGAACGAAGACAAAGUGCAAGACGUCCUCUUUGUUUUCAAAGCCAGCAACGGCAGCAGCAGCUUCAACAGCUCUUGCCUGGAUGAAGGGCUGCCUUCUCCCUGUGCCUUUGUUGCUGCCCUGUCUGGCACGAACGGCAGGGCUCUCUGGGAGAGUCCUGCAGCCCAGGAUGUGGAGUGGAUGGAGUGUGGCAUCCAGCAGCUCGGCGGGGCGGGGGCCCCGGGGUGCCUGGUGGUGGGCAAGCCAGUGGCCCUGACAGCCCUUGACCUGCAGACAGGGGAGGUUCAGUGGAGACAGUCCAGUGACUUUGGAGCUAAUUACACUCUGCUGACUCCUGUGUCAGUGAUCCCAGAUGUGGAUAAUGAUGGAGUGCAGGACCUGGUAAUCUUCAUUGCUACAGGAAAGAAGAUUAAGAGCUUCAUCCAUUCAGGAAAGAAUGGCCAACAGAUUGGCUCCACUGGCAGCCUGGCCAUGGAUGGGAGCGCUCGCUACAUCAGGCUGAACCUGGGCUCCUCCCCCUACUUCCUUUUCUACACAGAAAACUCUCUCUAUGCAUAUUCCCUGAAAGAUCUGUACAGUGCAGCAACUGGGAUGGAAACAAAACUUUCCAGCCUCCAGCAAGAUCCUCAGUGGGAGAAGAACAUUGACAGCACCACGCACCGCUUGUCCCUUCUCAGCUCUGGAGGCUUUCGCUACCUGGCAAAAAUUCCUGGGCAGUCACGGGACAACAUCUUGGUUAUAAGCUCAGAGAUGGCCACGCUGAUCAAUGGAAAGAAUCUCCAGACUUUGUGGACCCUCAAUGUGUCCCGUGCUUUGAGUGAGCCACUGCUCGGUUACUACAAACCUGAUGUUCUUGGUGUUGUCCUGGAGAGUGAAAUUGGACCCAACAAGAAGAAGGUGAUGAUUGUUGAGAGUGCAUCUGGAGCAGUCCAGUGGGACCUGACUCUGAACUCGGGAGCAGAGAGUCCUGGGCCAGCCACGCUUUCCACUGCAGAUCACCGGUCCACCUUCCUCAUCUGGGGGGACUACGAGGAGCCAGGCAACGAGACAAGAUCCACAGCUCCCCUCCAGAAGCUGUACCUUUUCCACCCUUCCUACAAUAACAUCCUCUUGGAGCUGCGCAAUAACACAGACCAAAUAAUUGCAUUCAGUGCCGCGCUGUUCGAGCGGAGCCGUCACGCCUGCUACGUCCUGCUGAGGGGCCCCCAGCCCAGCCAGGAGCCAGGGCCCGUGUCACUGAUGAAGAGGAAGCUGAAGGAGGACGUGUCAGAGAGCAAAGUGAUCUGGCUGAACCAGGUGGCCGUGGACAGCGAGGAGUACAUCCGGAACCGCCUCUACAGGAUGCGAUUCCACAGCCGAGACUGAGCCCGCCCGGGGAGGGGGAGAGGCUGCCCGGGCCAGGCGUCUCCAGGCUGCCUCUGCUCUGCAGCCGUGCUCUCGACAAGCCCAGAUCAUGGAAUCAGAUGGGAAGCUGCCUUUCUCGACCUGCAAACCAAAGCGUGGCUGGCAGGGAAGCACCCCCAGUGUCAGGGGACACCCAGGCUGUGGGGGCAGCUGCUGGUGCAUCCAUCCCCAGAGCUGAUGGGACUUCAGUGCUUGGCCACCACUGAGGUGUCGUCAGCUCGGGGAAGAGGGCUCUCCCCUCCAUCCCUCUGUGCCCACAGAACUGUGCUGACUCAGGAGUGUGUCUGGAGGAAAACAUGUGCUUGCUGGGGACGCUGGAGUGGAUGAUUUCUGGGGUGUUUGGAGCUCGAUGUGUGGUGUUAGGUUUCCUUUCUGAGUCAGCUCUCCUGGCUGGGGGAGAGGUGCUUGGCUGCAGGUUGGUUUGCAAUCACCCUCUCCUGGAUUUGGGCCCUGCUUCAGUGGUGUUGGGGUGUGUGUAGUGCCCGACCCCAGUCCGUGGGGCUGGGGGUCACCUGGGCCAGCAGGGCACAGGUUAAAGUGUUCUACUUAGAAAAUGGCCUUUUCUCCUAAGAACAGCCCCACAUGCCCUACUCUGCAGUCACCAGCCUGCCUGUGUCUGUCUCCUCUGCUGCUUCCCUCCCAGCCAGGCUGUGCAGUGUUGGUGACACCGAAAGGGAGCUGGUCUCCCACCUGAUGGAUGCACAAUGUUCCUCCCUGCCCUCAGUCUGAUUAUAGGUGAUGAGGGAUGCACCCUGAGCCCAGGGUGGCUGGUCCCUGGUGGUGCCAACACCACCUCUCCUGGUUUAAAGGAGUCAGAGGAUCUAGGACUUCUUUUUUUUUCAGAGUAGAAUUGCACUUUAACCUUUCCUGGGAGCUGGGAUUGCUGCUCUGGGAAGCCCUGUACCCAAGUGGCAGUGCCAGCUCCUUGCUCAUUCAGCCUUGCAGCUGCUGAGGAACCUUCUCCAAGCACUGUCCCCUCUGCCAGGAGGGGGGCAGGAGCUCCAUGCUGCUUCCCUGCCCUGGGAAUUGAAGUGAUGCUGGGUGGGGAUCCUCGGGUGCCUCUCUGCCCAGCCCAGUAUCCUGGGGGAUGGGACAGGUUGCUGUGAGGAGAUGACAUGUUCCUCCUGGAGAUCUGUGUAGCAUCAGGUGGGUGUUUGCUCUGCCCUGUCCUGGUGGGUGCCAGUGCAGGCUGUAGAAACAAGGCGCAGAGCCUGGAAAAGGGAUUGAACUGCCUGCUUAGUCCUGAAGAUAAAAAUUAACCCUAAAAAUAACCUCUCUCAGGCUCUGCAGUGCCUGGAGGGGGUUUGGCCAGUGCCUCCCUCCCCUGCUGAGUCUCACACUGGAGGAUGUGCAGAAACACUGUAGGAUGGGAAACUUAGUGCCAGGCUGUGCAGGGUCAGGCACUGGCUCUUCCCUUCAGCUGAGUCUGAAUGUGCCACAGGGCAGCUGCUGUCACGUCUCAUGGCACAGCUUCAGCCUUCCCAGCCUGACAGCCCAAUGACCUGGGCUGCCUGGACAGUCACCUCCUGCUUCCAGCUGGCCUGGUGGCUGCCUAAAGGAUGCCCUGGCUCCCUCUGCCCAGUGACCAAUAUCCCAGGCAGUCAAGAGAGCCAGUCCUGGGGCAUCCAGGCUGUGCCAGGAAGCCAGGGAUGCUCCCUGGAAAGCACACCACAAUCUUCAAAGCACCCUGGGCUCAAAAUAGUGAGUUUCCUUCUCUUCCUCUCUUCACAGCCUAUUUUCUGAGGGAGUCUGGGGUCACAGGGAGGUUCCCCUGCUGUGUCCCCCAGCCGGGGUUGCCUCUUUGCUCAGCACCUGAGUCCUGGCAGCCCCACAGGUCCCUGUGCCAGCAUUUCAGCCAUAAGAGGCUCCAAGAGCCAGAUUCAGGCUGCCCUUCAGCCAGCUGGGACAGGGCAGGAGUGUGGCUGCAGGUGCUGGGCAGGGAAACCCCAGGCUUGCAUAUCAGUCCAACCUGAGUGUUGGAUGUGGAUUGUAUCCCACUGAGAUUCCCCUGGCAGGGAGUGAGGUGCCUGGGCUGUAUUCUCACCACACUCCCUCCUCUGAUCCCUUUCCCAUAGGCACACUGAAUGUUCCUUCAGGAGAGCUGGAUUUUCAGCUUUGGGGAGCUUUUCUGGCUUUAAGUUGUCCAUUCAUUAAUGUUUCCAGGUACUUUUGGAAACGCAGAUUUCCCUGUGGCAGCUCAACUAAAUGCAUCAGUGCCAAACCAGCACCUUCUUAACAAAACCAGUCCUUUCUCCAGCUUAUUUUCCUGUGUAAUUGUUUUUUUUUUUUUUUUCUGCAGUAUUUCCUGAAUGACUUUGUGCCUUGAUUCAAUGACCCAGCUGGGUGGCGAUGGCGUAUUAUCACUGUGUUCUGUGUUGGUGUGGUUUUUAACACUGAGACUGUUUGAUUUGGUUCUUUAACUUAUUGCAAAUUGUGCCGUACAGGACUCGCUCUAACCGGAAUGGUUUCAAUAAACCCUCUUUUGCAUUGUUUGUAAA